AUGCGGCGGAGGGAGCUGAACGCUGUGGAUUUCAAGGUAUCAGCAGAUCUCAAGUUCGUGCUGCUGAUCUCGGACGUGAGACCGGGCUGGCGACACGCACGGCUCGCGAGGUAUCACGUGUAUGACGUCAUAAACAGGAACAAAAUUUCAAUAUCUCCAAUAGAAGACGAUCGCUCAGCGCCACUGCUGCAGUACGCGGAGUGGUCACCGGUGGGCUCCACCCUGGUCUUCGUGCACGACAAUGAUAUAUACUAUAAGCCGAAAGUCUUUAAGACGCUGGUGUGUAGAAUUACUAAUAACGGUAUUCCAGGAGUCAUCUUCAACGGUGUACCAGACUUUCUUUACGAGACCGAAGUCCUGAGGCUGGACAAGGCGGUCUGGUUCAGCCCUGACGGUCAGACUCUGAUGUACGUCACGUAUAACGACUCUCUUGUACAGCAGCACAAGUAUCCAUGGUAUGGGUUGGACCUGCAGGAGCCGCCAGCUUAUCCCACGAUCAGGACUUUGAGGUAUCCCAAGGUGAAUACAAAUAAUCCAGUAUUAACAGUGAACGUAGUGAGCGUGAAGACACCCAAGUAUCUGUUCUCACACGCCAUACAGUUCAGUUCACAAGUAGACGACAGUCUCGGCUCUGAACCAGUAGAAGACGAUUGUGGCUGGUGCGGAAGCAUGGCUCUUGUUGGUUCCAAGUCUACCAUCUUCACUACCAUGCCGGUUUUAGACCAACAGCCAGGGGGAACUAGUGGAGGGGAGUGGAGGCACGCAGUUAGACUGACGCAGGAUUCCAGAACAACAUUGACGUUAGGAAGCUAUGAGAUUACUCAACUGCUGGGAUGGGAUGAAAGAAGAAGAUUCCUAUAUGUUAUCGGCACAGCACCAGACAAGGCUGGUGAGCGCCACUUAUACAGAGUCAGUGUACCCGUAGACUAUAGUAGCUGGCCCAACCCACCUGUCUGUCUAACAUGUCCUGGGGUAGAUGUAAUGCCGCCAGACGCGACAAUGGAACCAUCUGGCGAUGUCUUAGAUUUGGAAAAUUCAACAUCAUCUCUACCAGCAUGGCCCACGUCAACAGUUUUACCUCAUGUAGCAGACGAGAAUGAUACCCUGCCUACUGAAUGCUUGUAUAAUAGGAUUACAUUUAGCAAAAACUUCUCCUAUUACGUACAGGAGUGCUUAGGCCCUGGCCCUCCUGCAAUCUUCGUAUGUGCUCGUUGGGGAGCCAGACGAGCUGUGCUUUGGGAUGGACGUCCUCUCAGUCAAAAGUUCGCAGGUCUAGCUCAUCCACAAGUCAAAGACUUCAGAGUUGAGGUCCAAGCAUUCAGAGCAGCUCGGGUGCGUCUGCUUUUGCCACCAGGGUUCAGAGAAACAGACGACCUGCCGUUACCAUUGGUAUUGCACGUUUCAGCGAAGCCAGGGGGACAAUUGGUGACGGAGAGGUGGAAACCUAGUUGGGGCUGGUAUCUUGCUGCUGCCAGAAACUUCAUCGUUGCUGAAAUAGACGCCAGAGGGUCUGGUGGACAGGGUGAAGAGCUCAGAACUGAAAUUUACCACAAACUCCUAUCAGUGGAUGUAGAAGACCAAAUAGCGGUAUUAUCGUACCUUCGUGACAACUUGAAGAUGGUAGACGGCAGCCGCGUGGGCGUGUGGGGGCGCGGCUACGGCGGCGGCGCGGCGGCGGCGCUGGCGGCCGACGACGCGCACAACGUCACGCGCUGCCUCGCCGCCGUCGCACCGCUCACAGACCUGAGGCAUCACAACUCCUAUUGGACCGAGCGCUAUAGUGGCUACGGCUCAACGUGGGCUGGAACCCUCGGAGUAAACGCAGUCUGGCGCAAGGCAGGCAACCUUCCUCCACGGCGGGUGUUGUUGGCACAUGCAGCAGCUGACCUGGCCGCACCGCCGCAUCAUGCUCUGGCAUUAGCACGCGCACUUAUAAGGGCCACGGCCUUGUAUACACAUCAAGUGUAUCCAGACGAAGGUCACAACUUCUCCCGUUCUACAAUACACCUCCACAAGACCAUGGAGCAAUUCUUCGACGAGUGCUUUGGACCAGUGGAAGUAGCAGACUGGGACACCGGUGGGGUCGGCGGGCUCUUCCCCUUCAGGGAUUAG